AAAAGCAAACCGAAGGUAGCGCGAUGAGUCAUUCCGAACCCAACAGCCGUCGGUCUCUCAUUCAGCACUUUGUUCCGAAAUUGUCUCUCUUCUUUUCUCUUUUCUUUUAAUACUGUAAUUUUGUGAAGAAAAAACUUUCAUCGAUAAAAGAGGUUAUCGCUGAUACUGACGCGUCGCAUAGCAGAUACGCGUAAUCAAUAUCUUAAUCUCUUAUUUCUGAUCUAAAACUCGUCUCGUUCACUCGAGGUCGCGGACUUGUUUUGCGUGAAAGACGCAAUAAAAACAGGUUUUCACGUACAUAUACAGAUUAUCUUUUAUUCGAGUACGUAUAUAUCUACAAAUCGUGACAUAACUCGUCGCAAAUCACUGUGUGAUUAUAUACAAUCGCGCCGGCAAUAAUUAUAGCUUUCGAGGCCUGUGUGUCACAUCUGGGACACGAUCAUCGGCAUCCGGAGAUCAGCUAUAUUCUUCGCUUAUCCUCUUUCGAGAGAAGUGCCAAAAGUUUAUUUAGUCUGCUCCCGACAGCGUAUUCGAGAAUAGGUGAACAAUCCAGAAGCUUUAGACAUGGGUGUCGAACACAAGGAGAGAUCGUGAUUGAAAUGAUUUAUCAAUAGCUGAGGUCGGAUAAGAAUCCCGAGAUGAGGGAAACUGCUGCGAGAAUUUGUCGAGAUUACUUGCACGGCGUUUGGAAGCAUGUUACAGCACAGAAUAUUAUCCUAAAACGUAUCAGUGGUGGUCUUAGUAACUGGUUAUACAAUAUUGAACUCCCUGAAGGAACAGUCCCAAUUAGAGGGGAACCUCGUCAAGUUUUGCUACGUUUAUAUGGACAAAUACAUGGAGAGAGAGCCUUGGAGGGACUCAUCACAGAAUCUGUCAUUUUCACUUUACUCUCUGAGAGAAGACUCGGUCCCAAGCUACAUGGAGUAUUUCCUGGUGGUCGCAUAGAGGAGUACAUACCCGCUCGACCUUUACUCACUAAAGAAUUGGCAGAUUCUACUUUGAGUUUACUGAUCGCAGAGAAAAUGGGACAAAUACAUACAAUGCAGAUACCAAUUAGCAAAGAGCCUAAAUGGAUAUGGGAAACAAUGAAUAAUUGGCUUAAUACAGCAACAGAUAUUCUCGAAAAUAAUGAAGAUAUUGAUAUUCAGCAAUUAGAGAAUAUCAGUGCAAUAAAAUAUAUGAAUUUAGAGCAUGAAAUCAAUUGGCUCAAGGCACUUGUGAUGCAGCAAAAAUAUCCGGUUACAUUCUGCCAUAACGAUAUGCAGGAAGGCAAUAUACUUCUUCGUCAGAAUACGCGAAGGCCGGAGUUAGUACUCAUUGACUUCGAAUAUUGUUCCUACAACUAUCGAGGAUUUGAUAUCGCUAAUCACUUUGCUGAGUGGCAAUACGACUAUACAGCAUCGGAAUAUCCUUUCUUUCACGAACGUUCAUCUGCUGGUCCUACAAACGAACAAAAGCUCAACUUCAUAAGAGCCUACCUCAAAACACUGGGAAAAGAAGGAUCUCUGGAGGAACAACGUGUCAUGAUGGAAGUGAGGAUAUUCUCGUUAGCUAGUCAUUUAUUCUGGGGUCUGUGGAGCAUCGUAAACGCCAAAAUUUCACAAAUUCCAUUUGGAUAUUGGGAUUAUGCUGCCUCCAGAUUGAAGAGUUAUAUGUAUCUGAAAGAGAAAAUCCUUGCCUCUGGUCCACCGACUUUGGAUGGUAGCUUGAAAAGAAAAUCCUGAGAUUGAAAAGGAAGAAGAUGCAGUUACGAUCUAUUUAUAACACUUUGCUAUAUAAAUAGGUAACUUAAUUCGUUUCAUCAAUUCCAACUGAUGACAUUGAUACAACUCUAACACAAGCAACGAGUAACUCUUUUGACAGAGUAUACUAAAUUAUUAUUUCAUUCGAAAUGAAAUAAUGUACUUUGCUUUCGUAAACGUGUAAGUGUAUUGUUUGGACAAUACACGAUGUGAACGAAACAGAUCAAGAGUAAACGGAAAGUCAACCAUAUGUGAUAUAGAAUAAGCAUGUACUUAAAUGUUUCGUUUAGUAUUUUUAAUUGCAUCUGUCUCCAAUUUUAAUGUGCUUCUAUCAAAAGUAAGAAACAAAGUACUUAAUCAUUUGUAUUUAUAACAUUCUUUUAGAGUGAGAAAAUUUUAUUUUAUAUGAAAUAUUUUAUUGAAAAUUACAAGGCUGAGUGUACAAAAUCAUAUGCUCAAUCAAAUUGUGAGUUUUGUUUUUAUAUAUUUAUUGAAAGCCAUAUCUCUUAAUCUGUUUUUUUCUGUCCAUGUGAAUGUAUUCUAUGUAUUUGAUUUUAUUUUUGUUACAUGUACAACGUAUAAAUUAUAUUUGUAAAUAGAACUAGAGAACUAUUCGCUACAAUAUGCAUUUUUACUUGAAAUUAUAUAACUUAUGUAUUAUAAUUAAGUACAAGUAUUUAAUCUUGUAUGAAGGACAGCAUUCAACAUUCACAAUUAUUAAUGUUAUAUCAUUAUAAAACUGCACCAAAAACUGUAUAAAAAA